CGCAGACCAUAGAUUUUCUAUUUUGGCGGCACCAAAAUCUGGAAGUGAGAGGCAGCAGCAGUUUUGCUUCAUAUUAUUUUUAAGACAACAGCAGAUAUGUCAGCGAUGGGAGAGCCCAAUUUUGCCGCCUGGACAGCGCAGAGGGUAAUGUCUGCUGGCGCGUUCGGUGGCAACUAUACCGUGGUAGAUAAAGUCCCUCCUGAAAUGCUCUAUCUCGUCGAUCAUCACUGGUACCAAUACCCCCCUAUGAACCCACUUUGGCAUGGCAUUCUUGGUUUCGUUAUCGGCAUCUUAGGUUGCAUUUCCGUUGCCGGAAACGGAAUGGUCGUCUACAUUUUCAGCAGCACUAAGUCCCUGAGAACACCGUCCAACUUAUUGGUAGUAAACUUGGCCUUCUCUGAUUUUGCCAUGAUGUUUACCAUGUCUCCUCCUAUGGUUAUCAAUUGCUAUUACGAAACCUGGGUAUUGGUCUACAGUUGGCGCUUGAGGAGACAGGGAGAAUAA